UGGGCUUUAUAAAAAAGCCAUAGAACCCAUUACAACUUCCCCCUUUUCCCUCUCUUCUCUCUCCCACACACACUUUCUUCCGCCAUAGCUGCUAUUCCAAUGGGGUUCCACAUCGAAGACCCUCUCUCCGGCUUCACAAUAGGCCAGGCCAUAUACGAGGCUGCUCUCAUCAUUGCAGUUCUCAGAUGGGUCUUCUGCUUCCUCUUCAGACUCAUCAACGACACAACCACAACCUCCGAAGACAACCACCCACCUGAAACCUGUCCUCAGACCACAAGGGAAAGAGACACCACCCUUUUGCUCACCACCUUCGGAGAGAUUAAGGACAGGCUCCCACAGACAGAGGACACGUGUGCGGUUUGUCUCAGCCAGCUGGAGGUGGAGGACGAGGUUCGGGAACUCAUGAACUGUUACCACGUGUUCCACAGAGAGUGCAUAGACCGAUGGUUGGAGCACGAACACGAUAAUCACAACCCCACGUGUCCGCUCUGCAGAGCCCCUUUGCUGAAUUCUUGCUGCCACCACUACUCCGCCGCUUGUCAGCCUCCUCCUCAGCCUAGUUGGGCCGUGGAGAGACUUCUCUAUCUCUUCGGCGACGAUUUGCUACCUUGCUAGUUACUUAGUUCUUUUGUUUUUCUUUCUAGAUUCUGCACAAAAAUAGCUUAGCCAAAUAUUCAUUAUUUGUUAUCUUCAUCUUACCUCGAAUCAUCAUCUCUAUCACCCUCGUGUAUAUGUUGCUGCAACAAAAUAAUCAGGACACCCUCUACUUCGGGUCUCUGUGUGUAUAUAUUCCUUUUUUUUUCACAUUUGGCUUAUAUUUCUU